UAAUUAAUUGUUUGCUUUAAAGUCAAUCUAAUUUAUUAAAUUGUUAGCUUCCUUACAGAUGAUCUCUAAGGUAAAGACUGGACCAUCUUUUGUGUCUGAACCUCCACCAAUAGAUGGCAAUUGUUAUGUUGUUGUGACUCUGAGAUUGUCUCUUCCUUCAUGUUUACUUGUCUAUUGGAAAACCAAUUGAUUGAUUGUUUGUUUAUCUUUUUGAUUCUUUGAGCAGUAAAACAAUCAUCUUGACUAUAAAUGUGAGCUAACUAAUGACUACCUAUUAAUUUGAUGAAUUCAUUAAUAAGUUUUCAGAUGGAGAAAUAAGAAAGUUACAUCAAAUGACCAACAAAACUUACCAAGGAAACUCAAAUGGCUCAAAUUAUUACGACGCGAUAAUUUCAGUUCAAGGGAAUCAAAAUCAUCUAAAGUAAAGUUAAUUAAACGAAAAUAACGGAGCGAUAAAAACCAGAGAAAUUGAUUGUCAAUAUAAAGUUUACCAUCGAAUUGAUUGUUUUUCCUCUCUCACUGAUUGUUCAAUCUUCUAAUUCUUGAGGAAUCCAUUUCAUUGAAGAUAAACUCACACAAUUACCGUCCAAUUCAAGCCAUCCCAAGCCAAAGUUACUCUCAAUAAGUUCCAACAGUCAAUAGCCUUAAAUUGUAGUGAACAUGAUUAAUAAAUUGUUACCAUGUCUCAUCUUCAUUCUUACUACAGAAUUCGUGUCUAUGCAAAAACCGGAUCUUAUUGAUCUCGAAACUGGACCAGUUCAAUUGAAUUGUACCGGAACUGGAAUCACAUGGUACAAAUUAGUCGAAGUCGAUAAGCCUAAACAAAUUCGAGGCGAUGAAUACAAUAGAUAUAAAUUAUCUAAUGACAAUCUCACCUUGACAAUUGAAGAUCCUCGAAAAAACGUCGAUGAAGGUGAUUACAGUUGCACAAGCUCUUCGGGAAAUCGAACCUUUAGAGUUAGAGGGAAACCCGAAUUCUCAACAUUCAAAGCUUCUGGUCAUACCAAAGACAUGAAUUCAUUUAAUGUGGUUCAAGAUGAUGAUUUACAUUUAGUUUGUGAGGUUCUGUUAAGAGCAGCAUUUAAAGAGGACGAUGUUGAUUUCAUUUGGUACCGAAAAUUUCCCAAUGGAGCCGAGGAAAAGAUUACCAAAUUGAACAUCUCAAGCGCUGAAGAUGUCGGUGGAUCAUAUGUAACCAAGAAGUCGAUCCUUUCCAUGGAAGAUGUAAAAUAUGAAGAUCGAGCCGAGUACAUUUGCGAAGCAUCGAAUGGUCAGAUUAAAGCAAAUAGCACAGUCAAUGUACGAGUGAAAGACAAAUUAGCUGCUCUUUGGCCAUUCUUGGGAAUCGUGGCCGAAGUGUUGGUUUUAUGUACAGUCAUUUGCGUCUACGAAAAGAGAAGAGGAAAACCAGAGUUCGAAAGCUCCGACGGCAAAAGUCCUUCCAAAAGUCUUGCGCAUUCAAAAUGAUUAAAUUGAUGACUUUGAUCAAAGAGUAAUAGCAAGAGAGAGCACUUGGAUGUAACCAUCGAUAAGGUUUUAUCUCUCCUUAUCUUAGGGAAAAGGAUGAGAUCCAGGUGGAAGCACAAUUCGUUCCGUACAAAACGUUACCGAGUCGCGGAUUCGGUAAUUAGAGCCUUGUGAAGAGAAAGUUACGAGAAUCUGGUGCUUCCACCUGGAUCUCAUCCUUUUCCCUAAGAUAAGAAAGAUAAGAGCUUAUCGAUACAUUUCAUUAAGUGCUGUCUCUUGUUAUUACUCUUUGACUUUGAUUACCAUUAAUCAAGAAGGACAAUGAAGAAGAAAAGAAAAGGAUAAAAAUAGAAAGAAGAUACUUUAUCAUCCUUCAUCUUCACAUCUUCGUCUCUAAAUAAUGAAGAUUCAGACUCAUUCAGACAGAUUCAGAUUCAGACAGAACAUUAGAUUGAUUUAUCUUCAACUGGUCCUAAUCAAUUCCUGUUGAAAUAUUUCAACCGAACUUUUAAUUACUCAGUAGACUGAUUAUCAUUUUCCUCUCUUUCUUAAUUUGUUAAAUCUUCCUUUCUAAUUAUCUUAAUCAUUUACUUAUAGCUUAAUGUUGAUAAUCCUUUCAAUUUUUUUCUGUUACAUUUCAAAAUCUAAUUUUAAUUUGUAAAUUAAUUGUUAAAUCAUGAUCGUAAUUCCGAUUGAUUUUUCUUGACGUUAAUUAUAAUUUUUAAUUCAAUUGUAAUUUAAACAUAGAAUAUGCAAUUUCCCGAUAAUCAUUAACCAUCAAAGUCAUUGUAAAUUAGAAUCAAAAAGAUGAUUUUAAUUUGUUCCAAUGAGAAACAAUCAAAACUAAUUCUUGUUUUCAUUCAUUAAUCACUUCCUCUGUUCUCGCCAUUAAUUAUCUCAUUACUGUUAAUCUGGAUCAUUAAGAAAAAUAAACACUUUUUAAUACAAAA